GCGCGUCCGUAUUGACCUUUUACAAGUUUGAAAGAUCAACGCGUUUUUCUUCUCGGGAUUAGCAGUUUUUGUUACCCGUUGUUGAAUCCAGGCUAUCUACAGCUCAAGGUUCCUGUCAAAAUGAAUGAAAACCGAUGAUUUUCAAAAGUUAGCAGCACUGCAGAAAACAAGACUUGGACUCAAUAUCAAAUAACUAGCUUGUGUUGUGUGAGGUAGCUUCCCAAGCCUGGCAUGCGUAUGCUACAUGAGACCCGGCCCCGACUCUCGGGGGAAGAACAUCGUCAGCUACCCGCUAUUCCAUUCGCCGCCGCUUCGUACGUACCUGUACGUACAUACGUACGUUCCUCGGCCACUGACCUCUAGCUGGCUCUAGUAUGGAUUGACUGUGUGCGGAUGCUGCAGCGCCUGAACUUGAAUUUUGUGCCCGAGCUGACGCUUGAAGUUUACUUAAGCCUAAUUCACUUGUAUUGACUUGAGACAAUGCAAUUUGAGUAUUGAGAGGUAUUGUUGCCCAUGUCAUCACCAUUUUCCAGAGAACUACGUUUCUGUCAAGUGAGAAGGACAUCUUACACCAUGGAUGGAUUUUGCCUUCUCUGGUUACUCCUGAUCCUCUUGAUGAGAGCUGGUGAUGUUGAAACCAAUCCAGGUCCCAACACUGCAGAAAGUACUGUCAGUGAAAUGGAGUUCCUGAAGCUGGCCCAGGAUAUCGCUCCAUCUUACUUCAACGCUGUUGGGAUAUCUCUAGGGUUCUCCUAUGCUCAAAUACAGGCAAUCCUGGCUGAGAAUUUGAAGAACUACACCAAUGCGUUACUGGAUGUCUUUAUGAAAUGGAAUGUCAAGCAGCAACCUUCACACUCAGACAAACGACAGCUUUUGGCAGACAAACUACGAGAGAUUGACUUGGGUGGCCUAUCAGACGGAUUACUCAGUGGACCUCAAAUUCCAAACAGCACAGGAGGGCCACCAAGAGCAAGACUGCUCGAAUCACAGACCAAACCUCCUUCAGCUGAAUCUCAGACCAAACCACUUUCUCCUGAACUGGUUGAUCGGUGUGCAAAUGAUUUUAAAUCGAAGUACAGGUCAACUGUCUGUAAGAUCAGAGCUGAUCCUCUCGGUCCUACUUCCAUUGUGCAGUUUGAAGACUUGCAUACUGAUCUCGUCUUACAAGAAGAACAUGGGACAGAGAAGCGAUUGCUAGAUUACAAUGAUAUCCUUAAUCUUAAAGUCAAUGGAGAGUUCCCCAAGCGGAUCAUGGUUCAGGGAGAGGCAGGGGCUGGAAAAACUACACUCUGUGCUAAGAUUGCGUGGGACUGGAUUGAAGGGAGGCAUUCGAGUCACUUUGUGUGGGUCUUGAUUGUUCCUUUACGUGAAUUUAAGCAACACACUAUUGGCCAGAUUGCAAAGUCUUAUCUGGCCAAAGACAAUCCAACAACGGUUUCCCAGAUUACUGAGUAUAUCCGGUCAAAUCCUGACAAGGUAUUCAUCGCAUUCGAUGGGCUAGACGAAGUCAGUGGCAAAAUCAUGAAGACAAAAUCUUGCGAAUCACAGCCUACUGAUCGAAUGCAACUUCAGCCAUCACAGCCAAGUGUCACCUCCUCAGAGGCAUGUGGAAGCUCAUCUGAGACUGGUGAUAUCGGACUUGUAGAUAUUCUUUGUUCAGAUCAACUUGCCUCUUGCUCAGUCUUGGUGACCACUCGCCCAUGGAGAGCAGUAGAGAUUAGGUUAGAUGGUGAUCUUACAAAGCUCUACACAUUCAUUCAUGUUGAGGGUUUCAACAGAGAGAAUUUAUCAGUUUACAUUCACAAAUACUUUCCAAAGAAUGCAGAUAAAGCAAAUCAGCUUAUCCAGUUCACCAGUGAGAAUGAUGUCAUAUCUGAAGACAUGGCCCGCUAUCCUAUAUAUGUAGCCAUGUUGUGUCUUAUGUGGAAAGAACUUGACGAGCAAACACUAAAGGAAGUGAAAUCACUGAAAACUUUUUCUCAAAUAUUCAAAACGAUGAUCGCCUUUCUAAAAGAGCAUUAUGCACAGAAAAAGGUGAAGAAUGUAGGCAGCCCCUCACUUCUUGCCUAUUUAAAAAAAAUUGAUGUGCUCCUUGGACCGAUUGCCAAGCAGGCUCUCACUGGUCUGCUAGAGAAUACAUUGGUUUUCAGUGAAGAUGAUUUCAAAAUAUACCCAGAAUCCAAGGACACUGCCUGUCGGGUCGGGAUCUUGUCUCAGGAGGACAGAAUUACUGCCGUUAUGGAUACAUAUGAGAGGCAUUCUCAUGUGCAAUUGCCAGUCUUCUUCCCUCACAAACUGUUUCAGGAGUACAUGGCUGGAGUACAUCUUGCUUCCCUAUAUGAAUCAGAUCGUAAUGAAUUCAACAGGCUGAUUGAGCAAGUUGUGCUGCCAAGGAAGGAGGAGUUUAGGUAUCUCCUGUACUUCACUGUGGCACAGAACAAAAGUAUUGCAACCCAUGUAAUAAAGUCUAUGCUACAUGUACAUGUACUGGGAAUAUCAUACAUGGAGAGAAAUUUAAUUGUUGAUGUAGCCUUUGAGAGUCUGGACCCAGAUGUAGCAGCCUUGGUGAAGGACAGGAUGUCGUCAGAGGAGACUAUGCUGAUCGUGAAAACAUCCAUGACAGCACACACUGUAGCUGGGUAUACAUUCAUUGGUCCAUAUCUGGUAAGUUUGAUCAUAGUUUAAUGAACAAAGUCAGUUCAUCCAUUUUUGUACAUUUUUUACUUUUAUGUCUUUUGAAAUUUUCUUAACAUACAACAGUAUUAUCAUGGAAGGGUUCAUAAAGGAAGUUUAACCCUAAAAAGACUGGGUGGGCUAAUGUAGCCCCUUCCCCUCCUCUAUUUUUGUGAUUACUUUGUAAUGCUUAAAUACAUGAUGCCACUUCAUGAUUUUUUCCUUAAAGUCUUGGGCAUCUUUUGAAACAAAAUUUGGGGAAAUUACAAAUUACGUUACAAAGUCACCUGACCUUUUGUCUUUGCAUGCCAGCCCAAAAGUAUCUUAAUUAAAAAAGGGUACUUCUUCAGCCAGGCAUGAUGGAGCAACAUUGUAUGGCCACAAAAACACAUCCAUUUCAGAACUUUAGAGGAUGCUAUUUAUAGCAUGCGUGACUAUUGAUGUGUGAAAUUCAGCAGAAAAGUGUGCAAUGCAAAGAUAAAGAUGCUGUAAAAUUUAAAACGGAAAAAAAUUAA